AUGGAAUCGACGGAGUCGUCUUACGUUUCAUCACCGGAGCAACAGCAGAAAAGAUCUCCUCCACCGCCUGCAUCGCCGACUUCAGAUUCGGAGGAGAAGCUGACAUAUAUCAGGUUUCUAGUCUCAAAUGCGGCAGCUGGCUCUGUGAUUGGAAAAGGUGGUGCUACGAUUACUGAUUUUCAGUCACAAUCUGGAGCGAGAAUUCAGUUGUCUAGAAAUUAUGAGUUUUUCCCGGGAACAUCUGAUAGGAUAAUUAUGAUAUCUGGAGGGAUUGAUGAUGCGUUGAAGGCUGUGGAACUUAUAAUUUCUAAAUUGCUCAGAGAGAUUCCUGCUGAAGAUGGAGAUGAUGCCGAACCAAGAAUGAGAGUGAGAUUAGUUGUUCCCAAUACUGCUUGUGGAAGCAUUAUUGGGAAAGGAGGGUCCAUUAUAAAGUCAUUUAUUGAAGAUUCCCAUGCUGGCAUCAAGAUUUCUCCUCUGGAUACCAAUUUUUUUGGAUUGACUGAUAGGCUGGUUACAAUAACAGGAACUAUAGCAGAGCAAAUGCAUGCAAUUGAUUUGAUUUUGUCUAAGCUAGCUGAUGACCCUCAUUACUCCCAGACUAUGCAUGCUCCAUUUUCAUAUGCAGCAGCUUACAAUUCAAUGAACCAUGGGCUGAAUGGGGCUGGAGUAAAGUUUCAGCAAAACAAGGAGGAUCGUACCAAUUCUGUGACAAUUGGUGUUGCUGAUGAACAUAUUGGAUUGGUUGUUGGUCGUGGCGGAAGAAAUAUAAUGGAAAUUAGCCAGAAUAGUGGAGCCAGGAUAAAAAUAUCAGACAGAGGUGAUUUCAUGUCUGGAACAACUGAUAGGAAAAUUACAAUAACCGGAUCACAGAGGGCCAUCCGUGCAGCUGAGGACAUGAUAAUGCAGAAGGUAUCCUAUGCUUCUGAGAGGGAGACUGAUUAG